AUGUUGGAGAUCACUGUAAUAUCAGCUCAAGGCCUUAAAGCCUCCUCCUCUUCAACUCUCUUCCCUCCCCGCCGUCUUCGGCCUUUUGCAACCAUUACCACAACCCCACCUUUCGCAUUUAGACCACCAGCAGCAGCUACGAACAUGAGUUGUAAGAAACUAAGCAAAGUUUGCCGGACAAAAGUGGAUGAUAAAGGAGGUGUAAACCCUACAUGGGGUGAAAAGUUUCAGCUACCCCUUGAUGCUCACUUCUCCUGCAUGUGCCUCCAGUUAUACACCAAGAAGAAGAACUUCUUCUUUACAGGCUAUACUCAUCUAGGGUGGUGUCAAAUUCCGGUGACGGAUAUCCUAGAUGGGCUUUUGCCGGCAGGAUCCCUCCGUCACUUGGCUUACCAGCUACGGGCUAGAGAUGGUUCAAGAGGUCACGGGAUAGUCAAUGUUGCUGUGAAGUUGGAAAGUACAGUUCCACUUCCAAUGGCACAUCCUCAAUGGUCUUCCACAUGCAGCGAUACACAGUACUGGCCUGAGAUGAAUGCGUCUCGGAUGGUCGUGGGCAUCCCCGUGGAGUGUGUUUCCAGUUCCACCUCUGACAGUCUGACUGAGCCUUAA